GUAUUAUUUCCAAAACCAAAUUAGUUAAAUAGUAAAAAUAACUUAAACAAUGGAUUAUUGCGUUUUAUUUAGCCCGAAAAGCCCAAAUUCGUAAUAUUCACCUGUUACGACAUUUGGUGGAGUUGAAUGUGUGACAGGUGAAUAUGUCUAAAGCAGUUUCUGUUUGUUACGUCCAACGCUGUGACUGACGUUUAAACUGGUUUUGCUGUAAUAACUGCGAUAAUCAUGGAAUGCAACCGUAAACAAAAAUAGAGCUCGUUUAUCGUGAGAAAAUUCUUUUCGUUUCUUUUAUUUUCAAAUAUUUGUGCAACCAUUUGUAUGUGGCAAAAUGGCAUUUUCGGAAACAAAAUCGUUAUUACGAUCUGAUGUUUCAUCAAGACCCAAAAAGAUCAUAACAAUGGGAUCAUCUUCGUCGGAUGAUUGGAGUUCAAGUUAUUCGGAUUCAUCCGGUUCACAACAUUCAAGUGAUGAUAGUUACACAGUCGAAUGGGAAUCUCAUAUUAAUCGAGAUGGAUCGCUUUUCUAUUUGGAAUAUAACAUUCAACCGGUGCAACAGAUGUCCAAUAUGUCCAGUAACAUGGAAAAGAAUCAAAGUUUAUUGGCGUGGCGAAGUAAUUUUAAACGAACAUCGACACGUCGUAGUAAAAAAACUGGCAUUCGUUUGGGAAAUUUGAUAAACGGCAAUCACAAAGCGCAUAAGGAAGCGUUGAAAAAAAAAUCAUCGACUAAAAAGACAAAUGCAGGAAAUAAAAGUGACAUCUUAUCUAGUGAUCGUGACACCACAAACAAAGUGAAAUUUAACGAAAUGGCAGGUGGCGAAGUUAAGGAAAUUACCGUAUUUAUUGAUCCAUCGAUGCGAUUAAAGUAUGGCCGACGAACAUCGGUGGCAGAAGCAUUGCUUGGUGUAUCAGUUUGUCCAUUUCCAGAUAGUUCACGGAUCAUGAUUGCUGGUUAUAUGCCAAAUUCAGAAAUUAGUCAAGACAAAGCGUUCAAAAUUGGUGAUUGGUUGAAAGCAAUCAACAAUCAAGACAUUAACGUUGAGAAUUUUGAAUUGAUUUUAUUGAGUUUUACACAGCCAACGUAUAUUAAAUUGCAAUUACAACGUAUUGCCGUCGAAGAGCCACCACAACAUCAUCCAAAUAUCGCAAAAGUAACGAAUACAAAUGAAUUUGUCGAUACACUAAGAAGUUUUUUUCCCGCCAUUCGACACGAUGAACGCGAUAACAUGCCAAUUUUCAGCCUUUUAUUUCUAUCGCUUAAGCAAAACGGUGAAAAUAUUUUGGAUGGCGAAGAUGUUCUUUUUAGUUAUCCACCAAAAGAAUCGAACUAUUUGUAUGGCAUACGUGGCACAUUCUUAACGAUGAAUUCAUUAUUCAGAGAGUGUACAUUUAAUUCGAGGCCAAAAAUUAGUAGCAUUAGCAUUCAAUCGAUCGAAUAUUAUGUUUCGUAUUACAGUUGCAAUGAUGAGUUGCUUCUAAUAGCAAUACCUGCAAAACGGACUACGUUCCAAGAUGCAAAAUUAAAAUUGAACACAAUCGUUCGAAAUUUGAAAUUUUCCGCCUUUAAUUUGGCGCAAGCAUUUUUCACAAAUGAUUCAACAAAUUCGGUGCUGGACGAUGAUUCGCAGCAAAAUGAAGAUUUUAAAAAUUUUGCCAUCGACGAUAUAUGUGCAAUAUGCAAAUUAUUAUUGUCUCUAUCACAUCCGUGGAAUAUUCGAUUUGAAGACAUUUUACAGGAGUCACACUAUGUAGCCCUACCGAAAGAGGGCCAACUACGUAUCGAUGAUGCACUCAACGAAAUGGAAGCGAUGGACUAUCGUGAAUGGAAUGAUGAACCAUUAAAAUCACAUCGUGAAUUUUAUAUAUUGGGCAGUGCAUUGUAUUUUCGGAAAUAUUUGCUUGCCACACAUUUGCCAACAUCCGAUUUGCUUGAUAUUGAAGCCUUUUUACGAAUAAAUGGCAUUUAUUUACUGAUUGAAAACAAACCGGUGAGAGAAUUGAUUGUGUGGCGUGAAAUUUUUCCGAACAGUGUGCAUCAAUCCAAUCUGGAGAAUGAAAUGAAUGGACGACCAAAUCGAGUAUCAAGAUGGUUUUUAACGAUCGUUGCACGAAAUCAACUAUUUAUGGCCGUUAUUUUGGAGUCACGCCAUCGAAACAAUCCAGAUGAACCUACUUCAUCGGCCAAUGCAUCCGGAUAUAUUGGACCAUCACGUUUUUAUAUCGAAGAAAUUCAAGACACACUCGAUCAUUUACAAUCGGGUGGCAUCGAAAAUUUGGCCAGCACAUGGUUAAAUGCAAAUAAACGACCAGAAACUUUAUUAUUCAAAGAAGAGGCAAAUGGUGCAACAGCGUCUGGUGGCCAAGGGAGUUCAAGUCAAAAUGCAACUAAUAUGAGCGCAGCUACAUCGUCAACAAGCACAGUCGAAGCAUUGGCAAUGAGUUUAAAAAACACUGAAGUCAUUUCGAUUCUUAAGCGGCGAAAUACUUCAUCCGAGAAUGUCAAUGUCAAUGAUAAUCUAAAGUAUACAACGUCAUCAAUUAUUGCUGCUGGCCGCGGACAUUCUCCAUCGAUACACAGUCAAACGUAUAGUGAUACGUCAUUACAGAAAUAUGAUGAUGACGAUGAUGAUGAAAGCGAUUCGGAUUGGGAUGGUUUUCAGGAGAGUCAACGAAGUAGUAGCGGUUUUGAUAUGUCUGAUAUAGCGAGCACAUUUUUUCGAGAAAUUUCUGAUGUUUUAUUGAGCAAAGUGACAGCUGGAAGGGAAAAUGUUUUGUAUCACUAUGUGCAAUUGGAAAUGGAUGAAGGAAUUCUUCUAGCACCACCAUCAACCAAUUCAAUUAAUGUAGUUUCAUUUGCAUUUCAAAAGGCAUGUUUGAUGAUUCACAACAUUCUUCAAAAUACGAUAAGAUUUAGGCAUCUAUUGUCUCAGGAAACUUCAACACAUAGUAUGAAUCGAUCUUUAGUUGCGAUAAAGGAGCACGGCAUUCUCAUUUCCGAUGAACUUGAUUCUGGAUAUAAACCAUUCUGGGUCAUUGGGCGUCUUUUUACAAAUCCAUCCAAGGAAGUCUAUAUUUGCCAUCGGGCUGACAUACCUCAAAACUUAAUUGAAGUUGCAUUUCGGUUGAGUUUACAUUAUGCGGGCUGACUGAAAUAUAUUUUAUCCAAUUGUCAUGUGAAUUAUGUGUAAUAUUUAUUUUUUUAUUUACUUUUGAAAAGAGACAUUUUUUAACAAAAAA